UCCAGUUGCCAAAGUAGGCCAACUCCGAAACUGUCUGAAACGACUGCACCGUAAGCAAACCUUAUCCCUAAAAGCAGAUAACAAUAGAAACAGUUUUUCAGUUUUAACGUUUAAGGAAGCCUGUAAUAACAUGGCGGUGUUAGCUUCUCUGCCCACGAUGCCAUCUCCAUUGCCAACUACAAUUACUUCUUCUUCAUCAGAAUCUUCAUAUAAGAGUUUUGUUAUUACAAGGAGAAGAGCCAUUGUCUCAGGUUCAACUGUUGCAAUGGCUUCUUUGCUCCACUUUUCUAAUCCCGUCUCUUCUUUAUAUUCUGCCAUUGCCCUGCAACGACAAGAAGACGAACUUGAUCAAGAAGAAGAUAUAAUUAUUCGUCUCUUUCAGGAAACUUCACCAUCGGUUGUAUUUAUUAAAGACCUUGAGUUAGCUAAAAUCCCUAAGAGCUCAUCCAAGGAAGACAGACUUGCUGAGGAAGAAGACGCAAAAGUUGAAGGGACAGGUUCAGGCUUCAUUUGGGAUAAGUUUGGUCACAUUGUUACUAAUUACCAUGUUGUAGAUAAAUUGGCUACGGAUCAAAGUGGGUUACAACGAUGUAAGGUGUUUUUAGUUGAUGCUAGAGGAACUAGCUUUUACAAAGAAGGGAAAAUUGUUGGUAUUGAUCCAGCUUAUGAUUUAGCUGUUUUAAAGGUUGAUGUUGAGGGCUAUGAACUAAAACCUGUUGUGCUUGGCACUUCUCGUGAUUUACGUGUGGGGCAGAGCUGUUUUGCCAUUGGGAAUCCCUUUGGAUACGAGAACACCCUAACGACAGGGGUAGUUAGUGGAUUGGGCAGAGAGAUACCUUCCCCAAAUGGAAGGGCUAUUCGAGGAGCAAUUCAAACAGAUGCUGCUAUUAAUGCCGGCAAUUCGGGUGGGCCAUUGAUCGAUUCCUAUGGUCAUGUCAUCGGAGUUAAUACAGCAACUUUCACUCGAAAAGGGACAGGAGCUUCCUCUGGUGUGAACUUUGCAAUACCAAUUGACACUGUCGUGCGAACUGUACCUUACCUUAUUGUAUAUGGAACACCAUAUAGUGACAGGUUUUGAUCAAAUUUUUAUCUUCUGGAAACAAACACUUAAAGUAAUACAAGUUUGAUAAUAAUUUGGAUUGAAAAAGGUGAUUGUGAAUUGAUGUAUGCCCUACAUAUCUAUGGAGAUCAUCAAGAAUAUAUAUCAGCGAUACUUUGUUUCAAGGAAUUAGAGAGUUGAUUUGAUGACCUAUAAUUUUCAUGAAGAAUAGUGAUGAAUGCUGACAUCAUGAUAAUAUCUUUAUUCUCUUAUUAUGGACUAUGGUCGAAAUUCUAUGGUAGUGUUAAUAAUUGGAAACUAGGAUUUGGUAGUUCUUGCCAUUAGCUAGUGCUAGGUUUACAACUAAUGUAGUGAUAUGUUCAGGGUGUUGGCUGAUGGCUGAGCAUGAUGAGACCUUGAUCAACAGUCAGAGAGUAUUGGGGGUAAAUAAACCAAACGCAGAAUCAAUCUUAAGAUUUUUUAUAGACACAAACAUUAAUAGCACAUGCUGGCCUUAAAGCUUUCAUUAAAAUACCCAGAUAUUGUCUUGUUUGUCUGACAAUAAAGGUGCAUGAAACUGGAUUCAUAGGUGACAGCGGCAGUCAGAGGUAAAAUAAAGGUCAUAUUGAAACU